AUGUCAGAAGUCAUCCAUAAAAGUCCCGUGUUAGAAGACUUUGAAAUAUCACCCGAUCACACAGUCCAGAAUUAUUCGGAAAUAUUUUCAGUUGUCUUAGAUGAGAUUGCAUUUAAUAGUUCUGAUUGUGGAAUAAAUGGGACGUCAGGAAACACUUCGACUUCUUUGUGCUCUGGAGAUUCAGUGAUAAGUGUAUUAUGGUUAGCUGGAGUAUCAUUUAUUUUGUCUCUUCUAAUCUUAGCAACUAUCUUAGGAAACGUUUUUGUCAUUGCUGCUAUUUUGGUAGAGAAGAACUUAAGAGCAGUAGGUAACUACUUGGUUUUAUCGUUAGCCUUAACAGACUUACUGGUUGCUUGUUUAGUGAUGCCAUUAGGUGCUGUAUACGAAAUUAGCCAAGAAUGGCUUUUAGGUCCUCUGCUCUGUGAUCUUUGGACUUCUUGUGAUGUGUUGUGUUGCACGGCCUCUAUAUUACAUCUCUUGGCUAUUGCUACUGACCGUUAUUGGGCAGUGACUAAUGUAGACUACAUCCACAAAAGGAGUAUCCGCCAUAUUGCGUUUAUGAUAUUUGCUGUCUGGACAAUGGCACUACUAAUUUCAGUUGCACCUUUCUUUGGCUGGAAGGACCCUCAGUUCGAAGAACGUGUUCUUGUUUACAAAGUAUGUUUAGUUAGCCAAGAUUUGUCAUAUCAAGUCUUCGCCACCUGUUCUUCGUUUUAUCUCCCUCUUAUUCUUGUGUUGGUUCUUUAUUGGCGAAUUUUCAAAGAAGCACGGAAACGAAUCCGCCGAAAACCCGGAAGUUCAAGUUAUUGUACCCUUCAGAGAUUACCUAUCCCAAGUGGAACCACACCGAUGACUGAAAUAACAACUACAUUUACAACAUGUUCUUCAAGUAACACCAGCUCAGGAAUAACAACCUUGUUGCAAAAUGGUCCUAUAAAUCAAGCGUUGUCGUUAAGGAAACCAGGCAAAGUGACACUGUUUUCAACUAAAAAACGAAGAAAAACAACAAAAGAAAGCAUCGAUUCGAAACGUGAACGGAAAGCAGCCAAAACAUUAGCUAUCAUUACUGGAGUGUUUGUUGCAUGUUGGCUACCAUUUUUUAUCAUCGCCCUAAUGAUGCCUAUGUGUGAUGACUGUGACCCUGGCCCAUUUCUUUUUAGUGUGUUCUUGUGGCUAGGAUACACCAAUUCCAUGUUGAAUCCAAUCAUUUACACAAUAUUUAGCCCAGAUUUUCGGAGUGCCUUCAAACGAAUGUUUUGGAGGUGUUUGAGAUAA